UGUGCUAUUUGGAUUCAUCAAUGUAAUACCUCUACUUCACCUCUAAAACUGACACAAGUAAAAAAUAAAUCUAAAGAUGUUUCUUUUUUGUUUUGUCAUCGAACUCUGAUCUGGGUAUUACGUCACUGAAAUUUGGUGAGGGGUCCACAGUUGUGUUCACAUUUAGUGCUGAUCGCCUGAUCUGAAAUCUUGCCAUUUCCACAGUGAACAGCAGAUGGCGCUGUUAAAGCAUCACCUCUGGGCUGCUCUGCUCCUAAUGGAGUCUGUGCUGCUGCAAGCUGCUCCUGAAAGUAGUUGUCCAGCUUAUCCUGGAGUCCCGGGCACACCUGGACACAACGGCAGCCCUGGCAGAGAUGGAAGAGAUGGGUUUCCUGGACCGAAAGGGGAAAAAGGAGAUCCAGGAGUUGGUGCACAGGGACCCCCUGGGAAAAUAGGACCCCCUGGUGCUGUUGGCCCUAAGGGAGAUAAAGGAAAUCCUGGUCUGCCAGGGACGGGUGUUCAAAGUGUUACACAACUUCAAUCAGACAUCAAACACCUAAAAGACAGACUCAAUGCAGUAGAGAAAGUCCUAGGAUUUCUCAUGAUCAGGAAAGUGGGACAGAAAUAUUACAUGACCGAUGGGCUAAAGGGAAAUUUUGAAAAGGCACUGAAGAUCUGCUCUGACGCUGGGGCUAAAAUUGUCCUGCCAAGAAGUGAAGAUGAGAAUAAAGUUAUAACAUCAAUGCAAGCUGCGCUAGAGUCUACUUACGUAUAUGCUGGUGCAACAGACAGAGAGAAAGAAGGGCAUUUUGUAGAUAUGAGCGGCCAACCUUUAACUUUCACCAACUGGAAGGAAAAUGAGCCCAACGAUUAUAAGGGGGCAGAGGAUUGUACAGGUAUUUACAAAAGUGGUAUGUGGAAUGACAUUAACUGUGAUUCAGUGUUGCAUGUGGUGUGUGAGAUGUGAAACAGAUUAUGAAUUGUUAUUGCUCUGAUGUUUGAAUGAUUAGGAAUAAAGAAAAUCUCAGAGUGA